AUGGCACAACAGAGAUUCUCUGCCGAGCAAGUAGCUGAAAUGCUUUUUGCCGACAGUGAGGAAAAUGAAAUAGGAUCCGAUCCGGAUCGGUUUGAUUCAGAGGAAGAAGACCAAAUAUUCCACGGAAUCGAUCCAUUUGAGGAUCUAAAUCAGGAAACUGCAGAGCAGCCGGGUACAUCUGCUGAACCCAUGACCCCGACCACUCGCCCAUUUCCAUCCAGCACCGCUUCUGCUCCUCCUGCAGCCUGCCGAUCAAGGUUUUGCCCCAGACGUGAGCCUGGAGUGCAAUUGGACACCUCCGUAGAGCAAAGCCCCCUCGGCCUUUUCAAGCACUUUUUUAGUGCUGAUUCCAUCAGGACAUUGUGUGCCAACACAAACAAGCUGGUGGAGAGAAACAUUGCUGCUGGGAAAAGGUACAAGUGGACCAACAUCAACCCUGUGGAGAUGUUCAAAUUCAUUGGCUUGGUUCUGUACAUGGGAGUUCUAAAGCUCCUAGCAGUAAGUGACUAUUGGAAGAGAAAAAAAAAUAUUUCUGUGAAUUUUCCAAGCACUGUGAUGUCAAGGGAUAGGUUCCGUGCCAUAUCUUGGAAUAUCCAUAUGAGUGACCCAGAGGAAGAUGUUGUCAAUGACAGAAAGAAGCAGACACAGCCAGAUGAGUAUGACACACUCUUUCGUCUGAAGCCAUUGAUGACUGAGAUAAAGGCCGCCUGUCAGUCUGCCUACCAUCCCAGGAAGCAGCUUUCCAUUGAUGAGAGGAUGGUGGCCACCAAGGCAAGAACUGGGAUGACCCAGUACAUGAAGGCGAAACCCACCAAAUGGGGGAUAAAGCUGUUUGUGCUCGCAGACUCCAGCAACGGCUAUACCUGUGACUUCAGCAUUUACACAGGUAAAAGCAGGUUGGCCUCUGGGCUAGGGCUCUCAUUUGACUCUGUGGUGGAAUUGAUGAGGCCAUCUUUCCUAGGCAGUGGUUAUCACCUCUACUGUGAUAAUUUUUACACCAGCCCAAAACUCUUCAGGCACCUGCUGUCCCUCAAUUUCGGAGCCUGUGGAACCAUACGUGAAGGGAGGAAGGAUGCUCCAAAAACGAAACUAAACCAACUGCCCAAGAAAUCCCCCAGAGGAACUCUCAGGUGGAUAAGAGAAGAUGACCUUCUCUUCACUAAGUGGAUGGACAACAGGGAGGUGGCAAUGUGCAGCAGUGUCCAUGUUGCUUAUGAUGGGGACACUGUCAAGAGGAAGCAGAAAAAGAGGGAUGGAUCCUGGGAGGAGAUAAACAUACCAGUACCAAAACCGAUUGUUGAUUACAACAUCUACAUGGGGGGUGUGGACUUAUCAGACCAGCUGAUCCAGUACUAUUCAGUGCAACACACAACAAGAAGAUGGUACAGAACCAUGUUUUUUCAUUUUAUUGACAUUGCUGUGACGAAUGGCUUCAUAAUGUACAGAGAAAUCCAAAAGCUGAGGAACACACCAGCCAACCAGCUCACCACCCACAGGGCCUACGUGGAGCACCUCGUGGCUGAGCUGUGUGGUGUCACAGUUGGGGCUGUUCCUGUACAAAGGGAGAACUGGGCAUAUACCUGUGCCAAUCUCCAUUCCAGUUACACGGCUGAGGUGUGA